UAGUGUUUUAUAUAUACAUUUCAAUAUGGCGGAUGCUGCGGAUAAGCCGGGUGAUGAGGAUGAUAUCCUCAACUUCUUCUUCUCUGAGAUUGAGUCCAUUGAUAAGGCUAAGAAGGACACUGACGUCAUGACUUUGAACGCCAAGGAGCUGUGCUUGAGGUUAACAUCGCAGAAUUUUGCAAGUCCAUAUCAAGUAUUGCAGCUUAGGCACAAUGCUACAGAGGACGAGAUAAAGAAACGUUAUCGCAAGAUGUCAUUGAUGAUCCAUCCGGAUAAAUUCAAGCAUGAGCGUGCUCAGGAUGCAUUCAAUGUUUUGCUUAAUGCGUUCAACGAGAUUCAGCAGUCAGACUCUCGUGAGAAGUAUAAGCAGGUGUAUGAGGAGGCCAAGAAGAAGGUUUACAAGCGCCACAAGGCCAAUCCAAACGCCACCACACUGGACUUGAUUGCUGCGGGUGUGCUUGACAGUGAUUUACAGCAGAUAGAGAACGAGAUCCAACGUGAGUGUGACGACAUGCUGCGCAAACAUCAAGAGCGUCGUGAGUAUGCUGAGCGUUGUGUAAGGGCCAACAUGGAGUAUGAGAAGCAGCUUGCUGCUGAGCAGGUAGAGAAGGAGAAGGAGCAGUUGAACCAUCAGGUUGAAUGGGAUAAAACACGUGACAUGCGUGUUUCUAGUUGGAGGAGCUUCCAGGGUCAGGUUACUGCUAAGGACUUUAAGUUACAGGCUUUUAGGACGGUAGAGCCUAAGCGUGAGCAGCGUGCUGACAUAGAUGGUAUAAAGCGCGGUACUAUAGCUGAGUCUCAAACCGAUCGCAAGGAAAAGCGCAAGAAGAUAGUGCACCAAGACACUUACAAGGAGAAUUGGCGAUAGCACUUAUUAUUUAAUGUUUUAGGUUACUGAUGAAC